AUGUUAUCAAAGACCAGAGAUAUUACUGCACAUAAUAUCUAUAGUAUUUAUAACAAGCUUUUCUCUCAUCUUGAUGAAGCUGAGAGUAAGUUGAAGAAUAAAGGAGUUAUCUGGAAGAAGCGUAUGCUCCAGGCUCUUCAGAUUGCAAAAAGGAAGCUCUCAAAGUAUUAUACUGCUACUGAUCAUGAAUCAUACGGCGAUGUUUAUGCACUAGCAACGAUUCUUUGCCCAUCAAAGAAACUUCGAUAUUUUGCAUCAACAGACUGGCAAGGUGAAAUUGACUACGUGAAACACUAUCAUGGAGUCCUCAAGCGAGAGUUUCAUCAAUACAAAGAUAUACUUCGCCGUGAUUCAGAUACUGUGGUCUUACAAGAUACCACUAGAGAGGCCCUAGAUGACGAUGAUUGUGAUCUCGAUGCUGCUUGUGCUUCUCAAAAUCAGCCACAGGAAGAGCUCUCAAAGUCUGAAGACGACGAGAUUGCGAGGUAUCUUGCCCGGGGAAUUGAGAGACAGAAGCCCCGAGCAUUCUGGAAAGAGCAUGAGCAUGAGUUCCCUAUUCUUGCAAGGAUGGCACGGGAUAUUCUCUCGAUCCCAGCUAGUGGCGCAGGCGUUGAGCGAUUAUUCAAUUACGCUCGUGAUAUCUGCCACUAUCGUCGUGGUCAAUUAAAACCAAGUACGAUCCGAGAACUGAUGCUUCAUCAGUUCGCCACCAACUUUGAGGUUGAGCAGAAGGAGAUGGAGGUUAUCAAGGAGCAUCUUUCUGCCGGGGAAGCCGCAUUGUUAGAUCAAGCUCGGAAACCAAUGCCCCAGCUUGAAACUCUUGAGCCAAUUAGUGACAACGAAGAGGAAGAUCAAGAGCUUAGCAUUGAGGAUACACAACUGAUAGAAAGCUACGAUGAGAAUUCAGAUGGUGGGAGGGCUGAUGGAAGUAAGCAACUACAGUGUAAACGAUCAAAGAGACGAUUGUCUGAGGCAUUUGAUGACGAUGAUGAUGGCCUUCCAGAAAUGCCAAUACAUGAGGGCAUACAAGGACGGUCGGGGCGGAUUCGGAAGCAACCAAGGUUACCUGACGGAUUUCAGAUUGAUUUAAGAUAG